GGAUAAACUGAAGUGAUGAGAAGAAUAGCCUCAUCGUGUCUACGGCCCUUCUGGCAGCCCAUCGUGGCCAUCACCAUCUGCUGUGUGGCGGCUCUCGCCUACGCCGAGCAGCGGGAGGCACAGAAGCACCCCGACGGAAAGGACAAGCACUCGGAAGGGUCUGAGGGUGGUGAGGCUGUGCCCAAGAUCCUUCUCGUCUGCCACAGUAAGCAAAAGCAAGCAGGGGAUGAAUGAUUCAUCCCUUGAACACCGUCCACGAGUGCGUCCGGAUCUUCUGCUGUGUGCCUACAGCUCCGUUCGACCACCUUCCCUACCCGACACCGGACGUCACCGAGGAGUGUUAUCGGCAGAAGGUCGCCUACGUCGACUGGCCGCAGUUCACCGCACCGGCAACCGACUUUCCGAGACGGCUCGCCAGCUGGCGCCUCGUCAAGGAGAAAAAGAUGGCUGCUGUCGACAGUGGUAACGAUGCUUAUCAUCAGCUGAGCGACGCCAAGCUGACCUUCCAGCACUAUAGCGGCCGGCUGCUGCAGGCGUCAUACACCAACGUUCGCAAGACCAGAGUGACCACGUCGCCCAAACACGGCCCGCGGGACGUGCCUGCCUGGUGGCAGUUCGACAUCAGCGACCGCAAGCACCUCUUGCUGGCCCAGACACACCUGGGGAUGCCCACACGGCACUUUGAGAAGAUCUACUUCGUGGACUGCCCCCAGACGCUCUUCUUCUAUGAGGACAUUAUGCGCCUGGCCGAGAACAGCCACAGGGGGAUGCCGUUCGACAGUGACGUCGAUGACGGCUAUGGCGAGUGUCCGCGGCCCAGAAUGAUUGACUUCCUUUUGCGACGGCCGCGAGUGGCGCCCCCCCAUUGCGGGUGCGGCCAUGACACCGACGGGCACUAUCAGUGUGUCUUCUCGCCCAACCGGGCAUUCUGGGCCAAUGUGAGGGACCUAUUAGCGCCCGGCGGCCACGUGCUCAUCAACUCCCUGGUCAGUCAGAGAGCCAUUGACGGCCGCAACACGGGCACACACGCGCGCAUAUGUGCAUCUCUCUCUCUCUCUCUGUGUGUGUGUGUGUGUGUGUGUGUGCAGCCGUGGCACUUUGGGGGCGUCGAGUGCGAGUGUACAGAGUCGACUGACCCGCCCGAGCCCCUGUACGAUCUGUCCCCAAAGUGCUGUGGGUGCGAGGUGGUCUGCCAGACGAUCAACGGCCGGCGGUACUGCUGGCGGGAGCGGUUCCACGAGGCCCUCAUGUGUCUCGCCAAAGAAGAGGGCGUGCAGCUGGCGGACACCUGGAACGAGCCGAGAGAGGAGCUCGCGCACGUCAUGGGGGUGGACCUAGUACUGGGGCAGCACAACAGGGAUGAAAGGGCACAGAAGGAGCCGACGGACAUGGUGUAUGCUGCUGCUGGGGCGUAGAUGGAUGGAUGGAUGGAUGGACGGAUGGAUGGCUGCAUAGGCAGAGCGGUUUGAUGGCGCACAGAGUCUGGAAGGGUGUGUGGGAGGGGACGCUGUACAGCAAGGAGGGAGGAACACAUGCCAGCCAUGCGUCUUACGGUGGAUGGAGGGGCUGAUCGGAGACCGGAGUGUACAUAUGCCAGCGACAUUUUUUCGUAAGACAGACACGCUCGUUUGCUACGCUACGCUACCAGCAAGAAGUGAACUGAACGGACGUGUGACUUCAAUCAAUGCCGACCGACAAUCAAGUGAACGCA